AUUGGCUCAGGUGAUCUUCAUUGUUUUCCAGACUCCUCACACGGAAGAUGAACCAAGUAACAUUAGAGUGGACCUGAACAUGUAAAGCGACAGGGCUAAAAUGAAGGGCUUAAUCUUUCUGCUUCUACUAGGAAUACCAGCUGCAGCGGCAGUGACCCACUCUCUGAGGUAUUUCUACACGGCAUAUUCUGGAACAGGCUUCCCAUCAUACGUGUCUGUUGGGUUUGUUGAUGAUGUUCAGAUAAGUUACUGUGACAGCAACAUCAACAGAAACGUUCCUAAGCAGGACUGGAUGAAUAAAGUGAGUUCAGAACAUCCACGUUACUGGGAGGAGGAAACUCAGACAUGUUUGCAUAAACAGGAAAACUUCAAGAAAAACAUUGAGAUUGCUGCACAACGCUUCAACCAGACUGGAGAACUGCAUGUCUAUCAGCAGAUGUAUGGCUGUGAGUGGGACGAUGAGACUGAAAAGGUUAAAGGUUAUGAUCAGCAAGGUUAUGAUGGAGACGAUUUAAUCAUACUGGACCCAGAGACAAAAUCAUGGAUCGCUCCAACUCCACAAGGUUUCAUCACCAAGAACAAGUGGGACCAUGAUGAACAUGCUGUAAAAUAUGAGAAGUUCUACUUAACUCAGACAUGUGUUGAGUGGCUGAAGAAGUAUAUGAGCUAUGGAAGGAGCUCUCUGAUGAGAACAGAUCUUCCAUCAGUUUCCUUUCUCCAGAAGACUUCCUCCUCUCCAGUCAGCUGCCACGCUACAGGUUUCUACCCGAACAGAGCUGAGAUGUUCUGGAGGAAAGAUGGAGAAGAGGUUCAUGAUGGUGUGGACAAAGGAGAGAUCCUCCCUAACAAUGAUGGGACCUUCCAGAUGAGUGUGGACAUAGAUCUGUCCUCUGUUGCAGCUGAAGACUGGACCAAGUAUGAAUGUGUGUUUCAGCUCUCUGGAGUCAAAGAAGACGUCACCCACAGACUGGAGAAAACAAGGAUCAGGACAAAAAUCAGGACUGGGAAUGAUUCUUCAGGGUUCCCCACCAUGGCUGUGAUUGGGGGGGUUGUUGUGGGACUCCUAGUUCUGGUUGCCAUCAUCGCGGUUGCCAUCAUCGCUGGGGUCGUCUGGUGGAGAAGAAAUAAUAAUGGGUUUAAACAAACAAAUACUUCUGACACUUCAUCAUCAUCUUCUUCAGAAGAUCCUAAGAAAGCGGGCGGCGAACAGCAGAAGAUGAUCGCCUGAAUGACUAAGAAAAAAAAAGUCUGUUCAUAAAUUACAACAUCAAGACAAAUUCAAAUAACUGAGAUUUAAUCAUUCAAUAUCUAUGAAACUUGUUUGAUACUUUUCAGUUUUAUUUUGCUAUCCUGCUGUAGUGCUUUUAUUUAGAGUUGGAUAAUUUCGGUUAACUGGCAACAAUUUAUCUGAUUUCUAAUGCCAGAGUGAGCUUAAAAAUGAAGUCAAAGUUAAACUUGGACUGCUUAAUAUAACAUACAAUUUUGUAUAUUUUACUGUGUUAAAUAAUCAGCAAUCUUAAGAUUUUUUUUGUUUGUUCUCCAUCACUGUCUUGUAAAUAUCCAUAGGUGUGAAUUAUAAAUAAAAGUUAUUUCUUAA